CACUUUGUCAUUAUGUGACGUCAUUAUGGCCUGGUUGGGUUAGAUUUGCUUGGAAAUUUUUGUUAAUAAUCUUAUAAUUUAUUAUAUUAGAUGUUGUGCUACGUAUUUUAGAUAUAGUAAUAUAAAUACCUCAUACAGUAGCGUUAUUUUAGGACAGAGAUUUAUUUGUCCGACGAUUUGUGACGAAAAUGAAUCGCCAUGAAGGAGUCAGCUGCGAUUCUUGUUUGAAAAAUAAUUUUAGAGGACGACGGUACAAAUGUUUGAUUUGCAUUGAUUACGACUUAUGUGCUGCCUGCUAUGAAGUUGGCGCAACUACAAAUCAACAUACAGCUGACCACGCCAUGCAAUGCAUUCUUUCAAGGAGUGAUUUUGACCUGUACUAUGGAGGAGAGAGCUUAGCAUUGGAACAACCUCAAGCAUACACAUGUCCGUUUUGUAAUCGGAUGGGUUUCACCGAUGCAACUCUCAUUGAACAUGUAACUGCUGAGCAUGCAGAUACUUCUUUAGCUGUUGUAUGCCCAGUAUGUGCGUCUCUACCCGGUGGGGAACCUAACUUUGUAACAGAUGACUUUCCUGGACACCUCACACUGGAACAUCGGAAUGGUCCUAGAGAUCUUAUAUCGUUUCUAGAUGAGCCAUCGGGCAUCAGGCAUGGCGGGGUCCGUCGAGUGCCCACCCGUGGAACUUCUCGUCCGUAUCGCCGCACUAAUAUGCAAUUCAGACACGGUGGCUAUCUUCGCCGGCGCGCCAUAGCGCAAAUGAGCACCAGCGGAGGGAUAUCAUCGCUGUCGCCGUCGUCGCGUGAUGCUGUGGUGGACCCGAUCGCCGAGUUGCUGUCGCAGCUGUCUGGAGUGAGACGCGGGGCUGGCCAAUCAAACACGCCGAGCCAGCUCCAGCAGUUGCAGAUGCAGCUACAGCUGGAACGGCAGCAGGCAACGCAGGCUGCAAGACAACAGCUCGAGCGACUCCCGCGGCGGCCGACAGCAUCCUCGAAUGCUCCAAACAACGCGCCGCCUGUUAUCGUUCCCGCUCCCGCUCAAGCAGAAACUUCUGAAUCCAGCCUGCUGCUGACCGAAUUCCUAGCUGAUAGCGAGGGCUCCGACGAGUCAGAAGCGGUGAGUCGUGCGGCGCUGAUUCGCGGUUUGCUGCUCGCGUCGCUGGGCCGCGCCCCCCCUGCGCCGGCGCCGCCCUCGCAAGCCACGCCCCUCGAGCAGGCCCCGCCCACCUCAAUGCCUGCAGCGCCUCCCGCGCCUCCACCCGAACAGCCGCGCGCCGCACAACCCGUGCCUCGAGCCAAACCAGCGCCCCGCACCAAGGAGUGUGCGGCCCGUGCUCACGGAGCCGCGCGGCAGAUGCCCGAAGGCAGGUAGGAGCGAGACGCCACGCGCAAGCCACGCCCCGCCAUGCCCCGCGGACAACAUGCCCCUUACAACGACCCAACCACGGGAGACUACCAACACAUCAACCAAUCGGCAUCAAAUACAACUCAUUAUUGAACGAAGCGAAGCGAAGCUGAGCGGAGCUCCCACCGGGUGACUCCAAUUUAUUUCUGUGUUCAAUUGUUUCUCGGCCAUUUCUGGACCGAUUUUAAAAUUUUUUGAAGGUUUUGAAAUUUUCUAGGUUAUUUUCAGAAUUUUGAUUCAAUUAUUAUAAUUAAAAUCAAACAUGAUUUACAAAUUAUUCUAAAUUAGCACUCGCUAUUUAUAGCCGAGCCGAUUGAACGAAACUGUAAAAAAAUUGUAACACUGCUAUCCUUUGAUCAUUUUAGAAUGUUCACCUCGCUUCGCUCAAAUAUACACCGUAGCGAAGCGGGUUCUCGAAACCACUCUUAAUGUUCACAUUCAUCGUUAAAUCACAGCGUGUGUGUUUUACCUCCCACAUUUUGUGAGACGUGAUUGGAUUGUUAAAAUCUUUCCGGGGUAGCUGUGUAUGUGUUAAGUAAAAUAAAGUUGCUUUGGAUAAAAACAUGGAUUUAAAUCUACGUAUGCUACUGCCCAGAUUUCCCAGUGUGGGUAGGCAGUCGCCUGCUUUCUACUUGAUAGGUAACUAGUAUAAAUACUUUCGUAGCAAUUACUUACAAUUAGGAUCGAAUAUUGAGUCGAGUAGCGUUUCGGGAAAUUUAAUAUUUUCCGCGAUGCUCGUAGACUGAGUAUAAUGUAGAUGAAGGAGCGGCUGCCGCGCCGAUUAAUUGAGAUUAUUUUCGCGAAUUUUGGGUCGUGGCUUACGAUUGGGAAAAAUAAUGUAUAUUCAUUUUAAUUUGAAAAAAAAAUGUAAAGUGUACCGUGUGAUUAUGAAACCUCGACGCGAAAUAUUCGCGAACGCGAAACCGUCUCGAAUUGCAGCCUUAAAAUUAGUUUCUUUUCAGAUUGAAUUCAGCCCAUCUUGAGCACGGUGUUAAAUUGACGAAAACUAUAUAAUUAUUCGAAACGUAAACAAUACGUCACCGAAUACUCACUUUUAUCCUCGUAAGGCCCAUUGUUAAAAUCACUUUUACAAAUUUACGCCCGGUUGGCAUCACAUGUGACAUGACUUAGUAGGUUCUGCCCAGAACGAAUAUUGUGAAUAAAAAUGUGAUAGAGUUAGAUAUAAUUUUGACAUCUUUUUUUACAUAAUAAAUAUAUUGUAAGCAAUAGAUUUCCGUGCAUAAAACCGGAUAUAUUUUUGUUCUCAUUUCAUCACAUUAGGCCGUACUCGCACUUAUACUAAAGACUUUAUAUGUAAUUGAACGAUGACAUUGUGAUUUAAUUAGUGCUUUUUUAAAGUUUUAUCUAAUAGAAACGAAAUAUUUACAUAUUGAAAAAUUGUUUAUUUCUUACUAGAGUAUAACUUACUUUGGUUUACAAACAAAUCAGUCUUCAUAAUUAACGAUCAACAGAGGGUAAUUCUGUAUCUUUAUCGCACUUAAUGUGAGGAACAUACUAUUAAAAAACACUUAAAACUAGAUUUUUGGAACCUAGUAUUUUUAGAAUCUUUUUAAGAUGCACGUAAAAUGAACUUAUGAAUUAUUUUAUAGAACUGUAAAUUUAAAUACUUCAGUUUUAAAAUAAAAACAAAAAAAAAACUAAAACAAAACUUCACUCAGAACUUCUAAACAUAACAAAACUAGAACAAGUCUUCUUUAGAAAAAAAUGUUAUUUGUAUCUGCUAUCUAACGAAUUUUAUGAUACAUGAAAAACCUUGUAGCAGUUCCUGUCUUUUGUUAGACACAAACUAAUAUUGCAACUACUACAUUGGGUACGACUUUUGUUGUAAUGGCAAAAUCGGCAUCUCGAUUGAGUAUUUACGAAGACAGGCAUAUGUUUCGCUCCAGCGGUUCGACGCUUCUUAGAUGGUAGCUGGGUGGUAGGCUUGCCUCUUUUACGUUUACGAAGAGUGUCCGCAUUUUCAUGGUCACAGUCGAUGGAAUCACCAUUUUCAGACUCAGGGGAAAUGUUCAUCUCGAUAAGUUACUCGCCCAGCUCCAUUUUGAAGCUUCGUAAUUGUUGAAUCUUUUUUGGUAGUUCUCCUCUAUUUAUCUCUCAUUUUUUAUACUGCAACCAAGAAUUUGUAACUGCCAGAUCAGUCAUAUGAGAAAAUACACGUUGAGUCCAUUUCUUAGUGCGAUAUCUAUUGGGGCAUACGGUCGGCGAGAUCUACUCUACCCAUGUAUUUAUUGUAAUUUUUGACCACCAAAGGUCUAUUCACGGAGAGAUAUUGUUUUGAACGCUUGCACCAUCUUUGGCAUACAUCUAUAGGUUCUUGGCUUUCUACCGUAGACAUCAUAGUAACGGGUUUGUUGUCAUUCCAUUUUGUUACAGCAACACAAUCAUCAGCGCUGACAAUAGUAUGGACGCUGCCCCUGCCACGUUUUGUUAAUUCUUUGUCCUCAAGUAGUACAGUCCUUGCAGGACCUGGGACUCUAUUUUUUUGGAUAGUACCCGUAGACCUGAUUCCUAUGACAAGGAGUUGUUUAACCAAUUUUACUGAUGUGAAAUAGCGAUCAAAAUAAAAAUAUGACCCGGCACUAAGGAAUCAGCUAAAGUCAGCACGGCUUUUUCACCUAGUCCAAGAAUAGAAUCCUUUAAUCCAAGAUAGGUGGUAUCACCUUGGUAAAUGUUAAAGUCUAUUACGAGACCGUUAGGAUUAGCUAAUACGAACGCUUUCAGUCCAACAGGGUUUGGUUUUCCAGGACAGUAUUGUUUUAUUCCGCAUGAUCCUGUAAAAGGAAUAAUCAUUUCAUCAAUGGAUAACCGCUGUUCUUUCUCUUGACGUCUGCAUCCUUCCCGAAUCCGGUCUAUUAAUGGCCGCAUUUUCCAUAACUUAUCAUUUCUACGUGUAUCGUCUAUAACAUCACUGUCAAAUACUACUUUUAUGGAAUUUCUUAAAAGCGUGAACCUGUUUCGUGACAUAUUGUCAGAUAUUAUGGAUAUUCGCCAUUUAUGCUCCCAGUACAUGCGAAGCCAUGGAUAGUUUAGUGAGGCCAUUACAAAUGUUAUGCCUAUGUAUACAUAUAACUCCUUCUUGUCCAAAUUCAGUGAUCGGCCAUGUAAUGCAACUGAGGUUUGGUUAGUACAUACCACAAUUUUUUCAAUUAUUUCAUCAUCCAAGUAUUGUUGAAAAAAUGAAAUUUUGUCGAAAUGUUAGUCCCAGUUUGGAAUAUAAGAGGGCUGUGUAAUUUCAGAAUGCUCUACAUAGAAAGACUUUGCUAACCAUUCGUUAUUCCCUGUAGAAUCGCUUGUAGGGAGUCGUGAAGUGGACAAAUUUUGUCUGCCUCUGCCUCGACCUCUCCCGCGAGGCCGGCACGAAUAUCUUGGUUAAAAUUAUUCAUUUCUGAUUCGCCGACAUCAUCAUUGCUAUCGCCAGAGUUUUCCGAUUCUGAAGAACUUGUUGUAUGAGGUUCUUCUCUUGGAUUAUAUUCGGCAUCAUCUUCAUCGUUGAGGUCUACGUUCCUCUAAGUACCUAAGGAUAUCGUGCUCGUCUGAAAAUAAAAUAAAUAUAUACUUAUAUAAAUAAAUUUAAGACUAAAUGAGACUAUUGCAUUUCAGCACUACAAAAACGAUGUAAAUUUAAAUAGUUUUAGUUUGAAACAAUGAAAUGUUUUAAUUUUAUAAAAUUAUAACAAAUUAAAUUCGUAUUGUAAUAAAUACUACAGUAACGUUACCUAUCAUUACGAUUCAAUGUGAUCUCAUGAUACCAAAUAAAAACAAGUAAAAAAUAUAAGUGACAUCUGUUGUCAUCAUCUGAUCACAAAAUAAUAUUCUCAAAAUUUUACACAUCUGAAAGCUGUAUUAUUUACUAAAUAUUAUUAAAAAACAAUGCAUUAUAAAUAUGCAACUAAAUUACAAUUCAGUGUAUUGUUUCGUUAAAGCGAUUAUAUAGAUAAAUAAGGAUUUAACUUACUUAAAUUGUUUCGCCUCGCCAUCUUGACCACUUCACAAGUAAUAAUUCAAUAACCGGUGAUUGACUUUCGCACUCACCUGUCAAAAUUGGGGCGUAUAUGCAAGCCAAUGGCGUCUGAGCAAAAAAAUCUAAUGUCAUGGCGCGAUUUUGUUAUUUUAAGCGGGAUAUUCGAAUAUGCCAUCAGAUGAGGUCGCUGGGCGGUAAGUGAAUAUACUUAGAUAUUUAGUUGGGCUGUAAUGCAAAACCUAAUUAUUAUGUCAUCAUAUGAGGUCAUUAGGCCUUACGAGGUUAUAGUGAGUAAUAAAGUUAAAAUUAUAUCGCAGCCUGGCUAAUCGCAAAACACCUAUUUUAUCAACAUCUUUAAGAACGCCAAAAUUUCGGCUGCCCUAAGUGUAUCUUGUCCGACGAGAAACUUGUAAAAUUUUAGCCGAUAUAUAAAUUUUAGAAUAUGUAAGCUCUGGUUAAAAAUAAGUUUCAAUUCGCUGGCGGGAAUAGAUUCUGUUGAUAUUUUCAUGCACCUAAAGGGCCGCAUUAAUGGCUUCAGUAUGCUUUUACUAAACCUAAUUAUAAUUAUUAUAAACUUUUGUACAUAACAAUGUUAGAUUUUGCACGCGUGCUUAAAACGAACUUUGAUUUCACACGUGAAGUAUUUGUUUUAACGAUUCUAGUCUUCGCGGGACUAUGUGGGCAUUAUACUGUAUCUAAAUUAGUCGGUUCUUCUUCCCGUUUGGGGUACAUUUGGGUGGCUUAAGUAAAGAUCUACGACAUGUUGUAUAAAUUCAACCAGUUGCCAUCAUCGAAAUUGUGAUGUGAUAGGUACAUGAUAUUGUCUACAAAUCAGUAUUUAGUCUCAUGGUUUUAUUGGAGGUGUGUUGGAGUAACGCGGUGGCUUAGCGCGGGGCGCGACUUGUCAUCCGGCGUGUGAGACUGGCUUAAGUCUGAGCUGAUAUACGGCGGGUGUUUGCUACUGCUAUCCUCUUCUCGUAGUAGACGUGUGAAAGGGACGGCGAGAGACCACGCGACACGCUCCGCGAGCGUAACCCGCAGAAUUAUAUUGUUGUUUUUCGCUAACACUUACUGUAAACGCUUCACUAUGUUCGUUUUUGUUGGCUUUAGAAAUAUCAGUGUGAUUUCCCUUAUAUAGUUAAUAGUUAUGGAAUGUUAAAUCUACGUAUAAGGCGAACUCUAGGUACUUUCGCAGUUAUGGGAGGAGUCCUUGGACUAACUGGAAUGAUUUUGUACAUAGCACGGAUUAGACUAUUGUGUUACUGGUUAUACGAGUGUAUACAUUUCCGUAAAUGUAAUUAGAGCUAAAGAAAUAGAUGUAUUUUUGUAACAGUAACAGCAACGAUUAGUGACUCCCAACUCACCGACUCCUCUCUAAUGUAUUAUAAAUUAUUAUUGUAUUAUUAACAGUACGCCGAUCUACGUACACUCGAAUGUGACGCGGUACCAAUGAAAUGCUUAUCAUUUCGCCCAUUACCUAUACUCCAACAUUACAAGAUGUUUGUAUGUACUCUAAUUAAAUUCUAUAAUAUUAUUAAA